AUGCGAUACAAUGAUUAUAAAACUAAAACAACAGUAGCCUGUAAGGUGUGGAGUGCGGAAGUUGAGGCGUCGGUCGCUAGGCGACGGGCCGCCGCCGCCGCCGCCGCCGCCGCCGCCGCCGCCGCCGCCGCCGCCGCCGCGCCGGUCAGCGCCGAGGCGGCUCUCCAGAGGGAAGAACCAUUUGCUCGCCUCCAAAUAGAGAGCGUAACUGUGGAGAGAGUACCUGACGAGGACUAG